CCCGGGGGAGCUGCGCCUCGCCCCGCCGGGGCGGGCGUCUGAGCGGGGGGACACGCCGGGCUGGAGCCCACGGCCCGGUGUCGGGUGUAGCUUCCGAAUAUCUAGGACCGAGGCCGGCUGCUUUCCCGUUGGCUGCCCGCGCGUGCGCUACCGGCGCGGCGAGCCUCCGGCUGUGCGCAGGCGCGGCGGCCGGCUCCCGGCGGCGGCGGCGGGGCGGGCGGGCCGGCCGGACGUGGGGCGAUGGCGCUGGCGCUGGGCGAAGGCGGCGGGAGUCGGCUGCGGCGGCAGCUGGAGUCGGGAGGCUUCGCGGCGGGGGAGUACGUGAAGCAGCUGUCGCAGCAGUCGGACGGGGACCGGGACCUGCAGGAGCACCGGCAGCGCAUCCAGGCGCUGAGCGAGGAGACGGCCCAGAGCCUGAAGCGCAACGUCUACCAGAACUACCGGCAGUUCAUCGAGACGGCGCGGGAGAUCAGCUACCUGGAGAGCGAGAUGUACCAGCUCAGCCACAUCCUCACCGAGCAGAAGGGCAUCAUGGAGGCCAUCACCCAGGCCCUGCUCCUCCAGGCCGACCGGGACGACCCCUCCCUGGGUGCCCGCCGUGCCGCCGCCGCCGACCCCUUCCUGUCCCUGGCGGCCAAAGAGGCCGCGGCCAGCGAGGAGGGGCGGCAGCGCACGCUCACCACUCUCCUGGAGAAGGUGGAGGGCUGCCGCGACCUCCUGCCCGAGAGUCCUGGCAAGUACCUGGUCUACAACGGGGACCUGGUGGAGUACGAUGCCGACCACAUGGCGCAGAUCCAGCGGGUGCACGCCUUCCUCAUGAACGACUGCCUGCUGGUGGCCACGGCCCUGCCCAACCGCCGCGGCGCCUACCGCUACGAUGCCCUCUACCCGCUCGACGGGCUGGCUGUGGUCAACGUCAAGGACAACCCCCCCAUGAAGGACAUGUUCAAGCUGCUCAUGUUCCCUGAGAGCCGCAUCUUCCAGGCCGAGAAUGCCAAGAUCAAGAAGGAGUGGCUGGAGGUGCUGGAGGAGACCAAGCGCAGCCGGGCGCUCAGCGAGAAGCGACGCCUGGAGCAGGAGGCCCUGCCCCGGCCUGCCCCGACGCCCCCUGAAUCCACCAACCCCUUUGAGGAGGAUGAGGACGAGGAGGAGGAAGAGCCCUCUGCUGAGGAGGAGGUGGUCGACCUCUCACUGGAGUGGAUCCAGGAGCUGCCUGAGGACCUAGAUGUCUGCAUUGCUCAGCGGGACUUUGAGGGGGCAGUGGACCUCUUGGAUAAACUCAACGAGUACCUGGGGGACAAGCCGGUGAGCCAGCCGGUGAAGGAGCUGCGGGCCAAGGUGGAUGAGCGGGUCCGGCAGCUUACGGAUGUGCUGGUGUUCGAGCUGUCUCCGGAUCGCUCGCUGCGGGGCGGGCCGCGGGCCACCCGCCGGGCCGUGUCCCAGCUCAUUCGCUUGGGCCAGUCCACCAAGGCAUGUGAGCUCUUCCUGAAGAACCGGGCGGCCGCGGUGCAGACCGCCAUCCGGCAGCUGCGCAUCGAGGGCGCCACGCUGCUCUACAUCCACAAGCUCUGCCACGUCUUCUUCACCAGCCUCCUAGAGACGGCAAGAGAGUUUGAGACUGACUUUGCUGGUAACAAUGGCUGCUACUCGGCCUUCGUUGUCUGGGCCCGCUCUUCCAUGAAGAUGUUUGUAGAUGCCUUCAGUAAGCAAGUAUUUGAUAGUAAAGAGAGCUUGUCAACUGCGGCAGAGUGUGUCAAGGUAGCUAAAGAGCACUGCAAGCAGCUUAGUGAGAUUGGACUGGAUCUCACCUUCAUCAUUCAUGCCCUUCUGGUGAAGGAUAUCAAAGGUGCUUUACAGAGCUACAAGGAUAUCAUCAUCGAGGCCACCAAGCACCGCAACUCCGAGGAGAUGUGGAGAAGGAUGAACCUAAUGACUCCAGAGGCAUUGGGGAAACUCAGGGAGGAGAUGAGGAGCUGUGGGGUAGGCAAUUUUGACCAAUACACGGGUGAUGACUGCUGGGUCAACCUGAGCUACACUGUAGUAGCUUUCACUAAGCAGACUAUGGCCUUCUUGGAGGAAGCGUUAAAGCUUUAUUUUCCAGAGCUGCAUAUGGUUCUUCUGGAGAGCCUUGUGGAAAUCAUCCUAGUGGCUGUCCAGCAUGUUGAUUACAGUUUACGAUGUGAACAGGACCCUGAGAAGAAAGCAUUCAUUAGGCAGAAUGCAUCCUUCCUGUAUGAAACUGUCCUUCCUGUUGUGGAAAAAAGAUUUGAGGAAGGAGUUGGAAAGCCAGCCAAGCAGCUACAGGAUCUGAGAAAUGCUUCAAGAUUGAUGCGCAUAAAUCCGGAAAGUACCACCUCUGUGGUGUGAAGUGACCUAACUGUUUUUAGGAACAGAGUGUGAAAGCACUUACUGAAAAUGUUGUAUAUUGAAUAUAUGAACUACAUGGGGGUUUUUGAGUCCGUGAAAAAUGUCUAACUGCUGCAUUCAAGAAGCUGAAAACUUACAAUCAAAUCCUGCAGGGAUGCAAUGCUUUUCUUGGUGGAUGGAGGGCAGGGGACUGAGAAGUAAGGUCCAGGUCACAUGUCCUUGGGCAGCAUAUCCUUUAAGAAUGGUUUGUGUAGUGUUUGUGACUUGAGAAAUACUAUAACAUACAAUUUUCAGCCAAAUGUUUGUCAAAGUCUUAAAUAAAUGUACACCAUGUGGCAGGAAAAGAUCUGUUUUCAUCGUGUCACUGUAGGAAUUCUUAUUUAACAGUGUCUUGGUAGGAGGGGAAGUGCUGUAACAUUCCCAGGGUGUGGUAAUUCCAUAAGGCAUGUCCACCAUCCCCAUGUGAGUCAGCACUGCAGAUAAACAGCUUGGAUUUGCACAGUCUGGUUUGUUUGCUAGCAAUGCUGACUAUUCCAUUUCUCCAGCAUUGAAAUUCUCUUGAUUCAUUUGGAGGCAGCCCUAAAUUAAAACAUGUUUUUAUAUAGGUUUUUGUGUUUGUAUGAAAGGGCUUCUUCUAUUUAGUAAACAGGCCUGUUGGAUUAAAUUACAGCUCUGUGCAGACAAACUUGCUGUCAGAAGGAUUUGUUCCCUUCGGGGAAGAAGUGAGAAUAACUUCCUUCCCCUUUGUGUUCCCCUUCGUUGUUUUCUUAUGGACUUCACUGGGGCCAGGUCCACUUGGUGCAGUAUGUACUCUUGCUUGAGGUGCUGUAAUCAAUGCAUUACAGGCCAUUACCUACUGGUUAAAACCAUAGUGGGGAGGCAUAAAUGCUCUUGAGAUGUGCAGGGUAGGCAUGGGUUCUGAAGGUGCUGUUUCCUUUGGAAGAAACAGCAUGCUAGUUUUGCUGUACAGAAACAACACAAGAUGAGGAGGCUGGGUGUGAGGCUUCCUAUAAAUUAUGUGACCUUCAAAAUACACACUGUCUCUCCUGCGAGUAAUUUUGUGUUCUACAACAAUAACCAAGAACUACCUGUUUUGCAGAAAACACAAGGACUGUAUUUGGUUGGGAAGCCUAAUGUAGAUAGGGUAAUGCAAAUGAUGCAAAUGCUUGUUUGUUUGAGUUGAAUGCUGAUGGCUAUAUCAUUCAGUAUCUGUCUCUGAAAAUAAACCAAGCCGAGUCUUGUUGUAAAGGCUGGCUUUCAAAACCUGUUAGUAUCAUCUUCUGAGCUGUGUAAAUGUCUUCCCCUUCAGUGCAGACUUUCUAAAUGUUACAGCUAAGUAACCUUGAAUUAGGCUUUCAGUAGGUGUUCUUAACUGGAAUAAUUGAGUAUCCUAUUCCUCUUGCACUUUCAAAUUAAAGCUUUUGCAAUGUGUAUGAUGGUAAUGGAUGCCUCGUGCCUGAACAAACAAAAGAUACUGCUAGUAAAAUAUUCUGCAUAACUACUUAUGAUGGAGCUUCUCAAUUUCUUCCUAUUUUCUCAGUGCUAGUUCAAUGCAGUCUUCACUUCAGUGGUUGGUUUUCUUUCUCUUGUUCUUCGGAUGCCUUUUGAACUGCCAGAUUUUGCAGAGCAUCCUACUGUCUCUGCUCACUUGCUCUCCUUUUUCUAGCAAAUCACAGAAAAAACAUUGUAACUCAGUGCUUCUAGCUAAAACUGAUUAAAAACCACUCUGAAAACCACCAGUUUUAAGGUACAGGGACACUGAGAGAACUUGUGUGAAUGUGUUACCUCCAAGACAGCCACACAGGUGUUAUUUUACUAGUGAACUCUUUUUGAUAUCAGAACCUAGUGAAGGAUAUAAAAAUAAUAUUUUCUCUGUCAUGUGUUUAAAGUGGGCAAAGGUAGCAACCUGGCUUUACUUAAUUAGAGAAAUAUUUUGAAGUGGAUUAUAAGUGAGAGCUCUCCAUAAUUACAGGUAUUUUGGAGGAGAGCUUUUUUUCUCUGAUCACAGGUAUAUUUUAUGGUUCUCUUUACAGCAGAAGAAAGCAUGUUUUGAGCACAGAAUAGAUACAGAUGAGCCUUAUGUAAUUUAUUUUUUUUCUGUGCAAGAGAAGGGUAAGCUGUGGAACUGUAUCUCAUGACCCUGAUUAUUAUAAUGCUUGAGGAUUUUGUGUAGUUUCCCAAUUUCCAGUCCUGACAUAAGGCUGAAUAGGAGGAGAGCCCUGUUUGUGCUUUUGUUGCAAGCUGGUGUAGCACAUCUUCAUCCUCAUCAGAGGAUGAAGUGUAGAAUAUAGUUCUGAAAUGUGCUCUGUUAUUCCUUAAUCACUGCUCCAUCAAUCUAUCUAUGGCAUGCAGGGCCUACUGAUUCUGCCUCUGCCAUCAUCCAUGAAGCAGCAGGCUGACAUGGAUGUUGGUUUUAAUGGAUCAGGGAAUCUGGCCUUUUGUUUUGGUGAUCAAAUAUCAUGCUUGUGUGCCUGUCACAAUUCAAACACGUGGAUUUGUAUAAACUGCUGUAGGUAGUGUUGAUCUUUUUUAAUAUGUGACUCUGUUUAAGUCAUAAUAAAAGAAAAACAAUAACCUUAAGGGAAAUGGUGUGCUAUUAAAUUAAAUGUGCUUUGUAUUUUAAUUCAUUUAACAAAAAAAUGAACAUGUACUGAAAGUCAUGAUUUAAUACAUUUCAGAUUUGCAGAAGGUAAUUUGGAAUGACACUUUUCCUGAGCUGUACAUUUAUAGGAGUAGUGCUGGGAUUUGCAGUAACUACUGAAUAAUAAUAUGAAAGUUUUGUUUAUUUGGGGAAGAACUAGUUGCAUUUCUUUUUGAGAGAAUUGCAUAUCAACUCUGGUCUCCUUUAGCUACUAUGACAGAAUUGUGAUGUGUAAAAUGAAGAUUUUUUUUUUCCAGAUGAGUUAUGUAUUAUAAUUUAAUGCAAUAACUUCCUGAAUAGUGAGAACCAUGUAUUAAAACUUUUGGACAUACAA